AUGUCGAUAGAAUCCAAAUUGUUGAUUCCUUGUCUCUUAGGGAACGGAUCUGGUUCUCCUCCGACACCCCUUGCUCCGCCUCCGGUUCUCCUUGCUCUGCCGUCGCCGCCGUCGACGACUGAUCAGUCAAAUCUUCUCAAUAUGAAGGCUCUCAUUCUUGUUGGUGGAUUUGGAACUCGUUUGAGGCCAUUAACUCUCAGUGUCCCAAAACCACUUGUUGAUUUUGGCAACAAACCCAUGAUCCUGCAUCAGAUUGAGGCUCUGAAGGCUAUAGGAGUUACUGAAGUGGUUCUUGCCAUCAAUUACCAACCAGAGGUGAUGCUUAACUUCUUGAAAGAUUUUGAAACCAAACUUGGGAUAAAGAUCUCAUGUUCACAAGAAACCGAGCCCUUAGGAACUGCGGGCCCACUAGCCCUAGCCCGGGACAAACUACUGGAUGAUUCGGGUGAACCCUUUUUUGUUCUCAACAGUGAUGUCAUCAGUGAAUACCCUUUGAAACAAAUGAUUGCAUUUCACAAAUCCCAUGGUGGAGAAGCUUCAAUUAUGGUAACCAAAGUGGAUGAGCCUUCAAAAUACGGUGUUGUAGUCAUGGAAGAAUCAACCGGGUUAGUCGAAAAAUUCGUUGAAAAACCAAAAGUUUUCGUGGGUAACAAAAUCAAUGCUGGAAUUUACCUUUUAAACCCUUCUGUUCUUGACCGAAUCCAAUUAAAACCCACUUCAAUCGAAAAAGAAACUUUCCCGAAAAUCGCAUCUGAAAAGCUUCUAUACGCGAUGGUUUUACCGGGUUUCUGGAUGGAUAUUGGACAACCAAAAGAUUACAUUACAGGUUUAAGACUUUAUCUAGAUUCUUUGAGAAAGAAUACACCAGCUAAGUUAGCAUUCGGGCCCCACAUUGUGGGUAAUGUUUUGGUUCAUGAAAGUGCUAAGAUUGGUGACGGGUGUUUGAUCGGGCCCGAUGUAGCCAUCGGGCCCGGGUGCGUGGUGGAGUCUGGGGUCAGACUCUCGCGUUGCACUGUCAUGCGUGGGGUCCGCAUCAAGAAACAUGCGUGUAUUUCGAGUAGUAUUAUUGGGUGGCACUCGACAGUUGGACAGUGGGCCCGGGUUGAGAACAUGACGAUUCUUGGAGAGGAUGUGCAUGUGUGUGAUGAGGUGUAUAGUAAUGGAGGUGUGGUUUUGCCUCAUAAGGAAAUUAAGGUGAGUAUCUUGAAGCCGGAGAUAGUGAUGUGAAGAUUGUGGAGAUAUAAAUAUUUUAAAUAUUAUAUAUUUAGUUGGUGUUUUUAUUUAAAGGUUUAGUUUUUUAUGAUGUGUUUGUGUUUGUGUUUGUUCGAGUGUGUUUUUGAAUUUUCAUGUGUAAAAGUGAUAAAGGAGUGAAUGUUAGAGAUUAGAAGAUUGGAAGGUCAAGUGUUUAAAGGGUCUGUACUUUUUGUUAUGAAUAAAACAAUGUUGUUUUUAUUUGUUGGUGC